GCUCGUGUCCUUUAUUAGCGGCCAGAAUCCUCGGGACUGUGGAACAAUUUUCUUCAGAAAUAACGAGAAGGCAGAACAUAACCAUCAGGAAAGACAUCCUCAGCCUCGGUUGAGGAUUGUCGCCUCUCUCGCUCGCUCGCAACCCGUCCACACCGAGUCCCCACGGCGAGGAACAUGGGGUUGUCGGAGAAAAAGGAUAACACUCAGGUGAAUCACCACAUGGCCAUUGUCUUGGGAAUCGGACUAGGAGUCGCGACCUUAAUCAUCAUGUGUUUGCUUCUGACCCUUUUCGUCAAUCGGCGUGAUCGCCAUCCGGUUCUUAAGAGCAAAGGCAGCUCAAACGACAAACUACGCAAGCUGGAUGCUGUCUCCCCCACUCGGACAUUAGAAGACUGGUGGUCGCGAGCUAAAGGGCCGCUUUUACCGUCCGAAGGUGUUGAUGGCGACUUCAUAUGCGUUGUUUGCCUCGAGUCGGUUCUGCGCUGCCAGGAAAUCCGGGAACUCAAAUGUCUGCACGUGUUCCAUCGAGAGUGUCUGGAAAAGUGGUAUCUGCAAGACCAUUUUAAUUGUCCACUCUGCCAUAGAGCAUAUUACGUCCAAGAGACCCAUCCAAGUAAUGAGUUUGUGUGGAUGGUGUGAAUGCGACUGACCCCUUUCUCCAUGUUCACGCGGCGUUUUGGUGUCUUGUCUGGGUCUGGGCCUUCACCCCGCGCCGGUCUUACUCCACUCGAGUCUUGUCGGUCACGAGGGCAGCAUUGUCUGCUUCUCUUCGGAUUUAU